CCGUAGGGUGGCCUGUGCGGAACUACCGGCGGCGCAGGCGGCGUUGGGGUGCGCGGCUCUGGGGCUUCCUGGAGGUAGGAGAACUUGGCUGUGAGGGCACUCUGUGGCCCGGGAGUUGGUGACACCUGUCGUGGGAAGCCAGUGGAUACGCCUGGGAUGGUGGAGACCAGAGAUCUGGCACAGCUACGGCAGCUCAACCUGGAGCUCCUGAGGCAGCUGUGGGUCGGACAGGAUGCCGUGCGGCAGUCCGUGGCCAAGGCAGCCUCAGAGUCAAGCCUGGACUCCAGCAGCAGCUACAACUCAGAGAUGCCGUCAUCCCAAGAGACGUCCUCAGUGGCCUCGAGAGCCUCCCCACAGGAUGCCCACCAAGGUGACCCCUGUGAUAGGGAUGGGGCCAGCUCCGGGGUGGUCUCUCUUCCACCUGCCAAGUGCCUCCACCAGGAGUCCCCGGGCCCACUGAGGCCCCGCUCGGCUCCCUUGCUGGCCACCUCAGACUCGAGCGACCCAGAGCUUCCAGCAGAGCUGGAGAGUCUAGACACCCAGGAGGCACAGGCCCUGAAGUCCCUCCUGGCUCAACGGAGCAAGCUGUCCGAGCCGAGAGUGACCAACAAGGAGUCUCCAGUGCCUGAGAAGAGCUGGCGCCUCAGACCGUGCCUGGGCUACGACUGGAUUGCAGGGUCUCCGGACAAUAGCUCUCCCGUCACCAGCAAGCCCGAGGCCUUCUUCUCGAAGCUGCAGAAGUUCCGGGAAGCCAACAAGGAGGAGUGUAUUUGCAGUGACCCUGAAUCCCAGUUCCUAGGCCUGCAGGAGAGUAGUGCUGCGGAGGGGGACCACGAAUGUGUAUAUUGUUACUGUGUCAACCGGCGCCUGUUUCUGGUGCCUUCGGAUCCCCGCACCCCCUGCCGCCUGUGCCGGACACCACGGGGCCAGCGGGGUCCAGAGACCCUGGCAGAGCCAGCGCAGGUCAGGGUGAGCAUCCCGCUGUCUGUCCUGGACCCCCCGCACCGGUACCGCAUCCACCGGCGGAAGAGCUUCGACGCCUCCGACACGCUGGCGCUGCCCCGGCACUGCCUGCUGGGCUGGGACAUUCUUCCUCCGAAGUCUGAGAAAAGCUCAGCCCCCAAGAGCCUGGACCUCUGGUCCAGUGUCUCUUCUGAGGCCCAACGUCGGAAGCUGUCAGCCACCAGCCCUUCUCACCGGGUACGGUCCAGGGUGCCCUGGGAGAGACAGAUGCCUUGGAGCAGCCUGGGGACCGCAGAGUCCUGGAGGGCAGGAUUGGGGCCGUGCCAACGCGGGUCCCAGCCCCCACCCUAAUCUGGUCAGAACCCUCCGUGCCCCAGCCCCGUGCCGCCCGGCCGAAGCCCUGAGGACUGGCCACUGGGAGGUGGACGGUGCCCCUACCGUCGUUUCAGCCUCUCUCCUCCGGGAGGUGCGCCCACGAGAGGGGAGCUUUGCCCAGCCUCAGCUGGAGGUGGACUCUGGCCCCACCUUCCUAGGCUGGGCCGGUGGGUGGCCUCAGGCCUGUCUCCUUCCUGGGGACAGAGGAGACCCUGGGGUUGGGAAGAGGGGCUUCUGUGACACGUUUGUAAAUAAAGCUCAGCACUCCCUGCA